ACCUCUGCUCUCGUACCGUGAGAACCUCGCUCGCUUCGUUGAGAAAACGUAGAACGUAUCGUAUUCGUAUCGCCCGUUGUAAUGGCUCGUACCAAGCAGACUGCUCGUAAAUCUACCGGUGGUAAGGCACCGCGUAAGCAGCUAGCCACGAAGGCAGCUCGGAAAAGCGCCCCAGCCACAGGAGGUGUGAAGAAGCCUCAUCGCUACCGACCGGGAACCGUUGCUCUGCGUGAAAUUCGUCGCUAUCAGAAGUCGACCGAAUUACUGAUCCGCAAGCUUCCGUUCCAGCGUUUGGUUCGCGAAAUUGCCCAAGACUUCAAAACCGACUUGCGCUUCCAAAGUUCCGCCGUUAUGGCACUGCAGGAGGCAAGCGAGGCAUAUUUGGUCGGCCUUUUCGAAGAUACCAACUUGUGUGCUAUUCACGCAAAACGCGUCACCAUUAUGCCAAAGGACAUCCAGCUAGCACGUCGUAUCCGAGGAGAACUCCGCAAGGCGCAGAAAAACAUCUCGAAAACGGACAAGAAGAAGAAGAAAGUCCGCAGGAAGGAAUCCUAUGCUAUCUACAUCUAUAAGGUGCUGAAGCAGGUCCAUCCCGACACCGGUAUCUCGUCGAAGGCGAUGAGCAUCAUGAACAGCUUCGUCAACGAUAUCUUCGAGCGUAUCGCAGCUGAAGCCUCGCGUCUGGCCCACUACAACAAACGUUCCACCAUCACGUCCCGGGAAAUUCAGACCGCAGUCCGUCUGCUACUACCCGGUGAACUUGCCAAGCACGCGGUUUCCGAAGAAAACGUAGAACGUAUCGUAUUCGUAUCGCCCGUUGUAAUGGCUCGUACCAAGCAGACUGCUCGUAAAUCUACCGGUGGUAAGGCACCGCGUAAGCAGCUAGCCACGAAGGCAGCUCGGAAAAGCGCCCCAGCCACAGGAGGUGUGAAGAAGCCUCAUCGCUACCGACCGGGAACCGUUGCUCUGCGUGAAAUUCGUCGCUAUCAGAAGUCGACCGAAUUACUGAUCCGCAAGCUUCCGUUCCAGCGUUUGGUUCGCGAAAUUGCCCAAGACUUCAAAACCGACUUGCGCUUCCAAAGUUCCGCCGUUAUGGCACUGCAGGAGGCAAGCGAGGCAUAUUUGGUCGGCCUUUUCGAAGAUACCAACUUGUGUGCUAUUCACGCAAAACGCGUCACCAUUAUGCCAAAGGACAUCCAGCUAGCACGUCGUAUCCGAGGAGAACGCGCUUAAACGAGCCAUUUUUUUAAAAAUACAUACAAAAAAUUAACAUCGGUCCUUUUCAGGACCACUACUCCUAUUUCUG